AUGUCUGGAACAGACGGCUCUCUAAUCACUCAUUUCGUCCAGAGGUUAUACGACGAUGUCUCUCGUAUCGAGGCUUUGAUAAAAGUUGUCCACAAUGCCGAGGCUGGCCAGAUCAACACAGACGAAGCGGCCUUCAUCCUCUCGAAGGUCCCGGCGAUUGUCAGUCCAGGUGCCUUGGUCACCAGCAAGCACAGUCUUCAUCAUUCACGGGUGUCCGUGGAUAGCACAAAUUCAGCUGGUCUACCCGACUUGAACGGUGCUGACGCUGUGGCCCCACCUUCGUAUCCGUCACUGGAGAAUGCCAUAAACAACGUGCCCCGUACAACCCAGCCUGCGGCACCAAAGAGACAGGCGAGGGCACUCUGGGAUUACAACUUAGAUAGCGAGGAACCAGAGGAUCUGUCAUUCAUAAAGGGCGCCAUAAUCGAGGUACUCACAGAGGAUAAUGAGGACUGGUGGACAGGCAAAUGCAAUGGACGUACAGGCAUUUUCCCAUCCAACUACGUCGAAUUAUUACAACAUCCACUGCCAACAUGGAGCACACUUCCACCCGCGACAGUCACAAAGGCUCGUCCGCCACGGGAGUCUGCGCCGAAAUACGUACCAUACAAGAUCGCUCACGUAACCAUGAGUAAUCCGUCGGAUAACACCGCCAACUUCUAA